AAUCUCAAUCCCAAUCCGUAGUGUGACACAGGCUUUACGUCCUCUCUUCUUGGCUACGUAUUCCCGCGCUCGGAAAACCAAAACUAAACAUAAGCAGAGAAAGAAAUAUAGAAGAAAGAUUUUAGAGAAAACCAGAUGCAAACUGAGCACUAUUUUUAUCAUGGGCUAUAUUGCAACAAACUACAGGUUAAGACGUGCAGUUCGUGAAGGAAACCUAGAAAGAGCAAGAAAGUUACUUACUUAUCUUGGACUAUCUUAUUCACAAAUAUGGUCAGAAGGAUAUGUUUUACUUCGUGAUGCUAUUUGGAAUAGGCAUACAGAAGUCAUUAAACUACUUUUAACAAGCGGUUGUAAAGUUAACAACUACACUAAAAAAUCUUAUAAUACUCCACUUCAUUUUGCUGUUAUAAAUGGUGACAUAGAAAUUGUUAAGAUGCUUCUAGACAGAAGUGCUAACAUUAAUAUUGGAAAUCAGUUUGGCAGAACUCCGCUUCACAAUGCAAUGGAAAAUAAGAAAAUAGAAAUUGCUGAAUUACUUUUAGAUUAUGGAGCUACUGUUAAUGCCAGUGACAGUUUUGGUGUUACUCCACUGUGUCUCGCUGUUCGCCAAAGACAUGUAGAUGGUGUUAAGAUGCUGUUGGACAGAAGUGCUAACGUUAAUACUCAAACACAGUGGUCUGGAACAACUCCGCUUCACGAUGCGAUGGAAAAUAAGCAAAUAGAAAUUGCUGAAUUACUAUUAAAUCAUGGAGCUAACAUU